AAGGUAUAUAGAGGGGUGGCAGCUGCCGCCCACAGCAAGUCCAGCUGCCCGGCACCAACAUGCUCGCCCUGGAGGCUGCACAGCUCGAUGGGCCACACUUCAGCUGUCUGCAGUACCCAGAUGGCGUCUUCUACGACCUGGACAGCUGCAAGCACUCCAGCUACCCCGACUCAGAGGGGGCUUCUGACUCUCUGUGGGGCUGGGCCGAGGCCCCCCCUGUCCCAGCCACCUCCUAUGAAGGCUUUGACCCAGCAAUGGCCACCUAUGGUCAUCCCUCAGCUACCCAGCUCUGCUAUGGACCCUCAGCCUACAGUCCUGCAGGGAAUCUGGACCCAGCUCCCAGCCUGGAGGCCUCUGGGCCCAGCCUCCCAGCAUACCCCAGCGAGGACUUCACCAGCCAGACUCUGGGCCCCCUGGUGUGUGCCCCGUACCCCAGCCCAGUGCUGUCAGAGGAGGAAGACCUGCUGCUGGACAGUCCUGCCCUUGAAGUCUCAGACAGCGAGUCGGACGAGGUCCUCAUGACUGGCCCUGAAGGAAGGGGAUCCGAGGCAGGGGCCCGCAAGAAGCUGCGCCUGUACCAGUUCCUGCUGGGGCUGCUGACACGCGGGGACAUGCGCGAGUGCGUGUGGUGGGUGGAGCCGGGCGCCGGCGUCUUCCAGUUCUCCUCGAAGCACAAGGAGCUCCUGGCGCGCCGCUGGGGCCAGCAGAAGGGCAACCGCAAGCGCAUGACUUACCAGAAGCUGGCGCGCGCGCUCCGCAACUACGCCAAGACCGGCGAGAUCCGCAAGGUCAAGCGCAAGCUCACCUACCAGUUCGACAGCGCGCUGCUGCCGGCCGCCCGCCGGGCCUGAGCGCACCGAGCCUCGCCUGUGGAGCCGCUUGGGGACCUCAUGGCCCAGCCAGGACCCCUCCAGAGUCCCUGGGUCACCUUGGCGUCAUGGCACUCUAGGACAUAGGAUCCAUGGAUCCCUACAUUUGGGGUGGGGGCUGCCACAAUCCCUAAGCCCUGCCCAGGGCCCCUCUAGGACUCCCCAGUGUGUUUCUGGGACUCUUGUCAUGUACAGGAUCCCCCAGGAUCGUCAUGUUUUGAGUCACAGGACCUAUGGACCACUGUAUUGUGUGUGGCAGGCAGGGGGGUGGGGCAUGGGCAGUGUGUCCAGAAUUCCAAGAACUUCUGGGGGAUUCCCCUUAUGUCUGAGGUCCCCUCCAUCCAGGCCAGUCACCUCUUUGAAGCCCCUUGUGUCUGUGAACCUUCAAACUCAUCAGAUCAUCACACCAGGAGGGGGCGCUGCCAGAAACCUUAAACCCUGGGGUGGGGCGUGGGGUCCCUUUGGGAUCCCCUUCUCAAGUCUGGAUCCCUGUUGUCAGAUCUGAGGUCCCCUGGUUACGUCUAAAGCCCUCUGUGGAACCCUUUAUCUUCCCAGAUCUCUGUCCAUCUAUGGUUCUUGUCACUCUGUACCCCCAGAUCCCUUUGCCAUCUUUGAGAUCCCCUGUUCUAUGGAAUCACUCUACUAUCACUUUUGAGGGGCAGGGGGGGGGAGUCUGGAACUCUCUAAUCACAUCUAGAGCCCCUUUGUGAUCCUUUGGUUAUGUCUGAAAUGACUUGUUAGGGUCUAGGGUUGGGGUAGGGGUUCAGUAGCACUUAGUUUGGGCCCCUCUUGUCAUAUCUGGGAUCCUCCAGUCACAUCUGAGACAACCCCCCCUCAGGGGAUCCCUUAGAAGUCCCAAAGGAGGUCUGAGAUCUCUGGACCUUCCUGGGGUGCCCUUUGUAGGCCCCUGUGAGCACCCUUCUGCCACCACGGGGAUUUCUGUGUGUUGGGCGGCCUCCCCCCUCCCAUGGCAAUUCUAGGGAGAGGUCUCAAGCUGGUGAAUCCCCACCCCCACCCAGGCAAACUAGGUCCCUGGUGGUGUUUUCUUUAGUUCACUGAAGCGUUUUGAGGGGAAGAACCUGAAUUAACAGCCAAUCUUUGAAAUAGGGAGAUGUUUCAUGGUCCAGAUUUCUGGCUUCGCUUAAAUCUUUGGACGAUCUGGUGACAGUGAGCCAGCUUUUUGAUGUGAAGAGGUUGCAGCAGGAGAGUGGCCUCCUCAUAACGCAUCAUCUAUUCUUGCACUUCCUUGGUCCCAAUAUUGAGUUUCUACCCUGUGCAAAAACCCAGCAGGAGCCAGAGCCUGCCUGGGUGGGAGCUGUCACUUGGGAACCAUGGGAGUCAAAGGUCCAGAGCCUCAGGGCUGGGUGGGCUAAGCAAGUGAAGUCUCAGUUUGUCCCUCUGAAAAGUGGGGGAAAGGAGAAGGAUCUCAAAAAACCCUCGCAAGCUGGUCUGGGUGGUGCACACCUGUAAUCCAAGUUACUGGGGAGGCUGUGGCAGGAGAAUUGCAAGUUCAGGGCCAGGCUGGGCAACUUAGUGAGAUCCUGCCUCAAAAUAAUAAAAGGGUCUGAGGAUCCAGCUCUGUGGCAGAGCACUUGCCCAGUACAGAUGAGGCCGUGGGUUCCAUCCCAGCACAAAAACAAAACCCAAACCACCUGUCAGCCCCCUUGAAUUUCAACACAUCUCCUGAAAUCCACCCCCAAGGAGGGUGGGAGGAGGAGAAGCCUUAAGGACCCAGAGAAGGUCCAUGUUGGCAUACCCAGCACACAGCGUUGGUGCUAAUCCUCCCUGGGGCUUCUUCCUGCAAAGAAGGUACUUUAUACAAAAGCUAUCAUCAUCACCCUAAACGUGGAAUAAAAAUAAAGCAAAAGGAGUCAAAGUGGA